AUGGCGGCGGCCGAUUGUGCGUCGCUGCUCUCAGGGCCCCCUAACUCAAUAACGGCGGGAGGAGCAGUCGCGGGCGGCGGCGGCGGCGGCGGCGGCGGGUCUCUCCAGAGCAGCCGGAGCGGCGGCUGCCUUUGGAGGCGGCUGUCGAAGCGCGCUGCGGCGCGUCUUGUUUGCAGGCUCUGGCACUGCCUGUUGCUAGCAGUGGCGGAGGCUGCUGGGGGUGGGAGAGGUGGAGGCGACACGGCGGAAGGAAGGAAACCAGCCACCGCCGCCGCCGCCGCCCCCACUGAGCCAAGUUUACGCAAUUUGCAGCGCCGCGCCAGGGCGGCGUGCGGAGCUAAAUUAAGGGGCAGAGCUGUCGCGCGGAGCAGCGCCGCCCGACGAUGGAUUCUACUGCCGAAACGCUCCGAAAUAGUUGCAUCCGCAAAACUUGGAAAUGGGCCGCACAGAGGAGGUGGGCGCCGGGAAGGGCUAGUCGCCGAAUACGCGUGA